AUGGCUUCGAACGGUACCCCUGCGACGACCAAGCGGUUGAUCGCCUGUUGCGAUGGCACCUGGAUGGACAGCGACAAUGGCUACGAGGAGCCUGGGCUGCUGACAGGAGAGGGAACCCUCCAGGUGCCUUCCAACGUCACACGCAUAUCUCGCUGCUUCAAGCGGAGGUGCAGCGACGGGAAGCUCCAGAUCAUCAACUAUGAGUCUGGCGUCGGCACGGGCAGCAACAUGCUUGACAGCAUCACGGGAGGAGCGUUUGGCCUGGGUCUGUCAGAGCGCAUGAGGGAGACGUACUCUUACCUAUGUGCCAACUACACUGACGGAGAUGAGAUCAUCCUGGUUGGUUACUCACGAGGUGCCUUCACGGUGCGUUCGGUGGCCGGCAUGGUUGGCGCCCUUGGUCUCCUGACCCGUGAAGGAGUCGAGCACUUUUAUCCCAUCUUCAAGGAUAUGCAGCACUGGAUGGACGAUGACUACGAGGAUCCAUUCCCAAACAUCCCCUUCCCCAACAAGCCCAAGGGAAAGGAUGCUGCCACGGUGUAUCGAGCCCAGCUGGAGAAGCUGGGUUACACUCGUGUGAGGCAUGACAACGGACAGGGCGAUCUGAUCAAGAUCAAGGCCGUCUGUGUGUGGGAUACCGUGGGCAGUCUUGGAAUCCCCCGUGUUGCCUGGCUGGACAAGCUCGGGAUCCGCCCCGACAAUGACGAGUACAAGUGGCACGACACGAACUUGUCGGAUAAAAUCGAGCAUGCUUUCCAGGCACUGGCUCUGGAUGAAACGCGUCCACCAUUCAGCCCGGCUGUCUGGGAGAGGCGCCCCGAGAACAGACUCACGACGGAUCUGAGGCAGGUCUGGUUUCCCGGUAACCAUGCCAACUGUGGCGGUGGAUGGGAGGACCAGGGCAUUGCUAACUGUACUCUUGCAUGGAUGAUGGAUCAACUAGCUUCAGUCGGUGUUGAGUUUGACUUGCCGUCCCUGGAGCGUUGCUUCCAGCAAACCGCCGACUUCUACAAGGCAUCUCACGCCAAAGCCCAAAAGACCAAGCCGAAGAAGAAGAAGGGCGUCCCAGACAAGUGGGCAAUCAGUCCCAUCUUUGACAACAACCACCCCUUCAGGCCCUGGGGUCUGGGCUCCAUCAACAAGCCCUCCAGCCUCCUGUACAAGCUCUCGGGCCAGACGAUCCGAACGCCGGGUCUGUACAGGCCGACUGACCCCAAGACCAAGCUCGACGAGGCUAGGUUCCUCCAGGACACCAACGAGCGCAUCCACAGCACGGUUCGCAUCCGUCUGGCGUGUCAGGGUCUUGGGCUGAAUGACAAGACCGUCUGGGACUGCCCGUCGCUGCUCAAGAGCUGGAAGGUGAAGCGUACACAGGAGAAAUACCAAGAUCCUGUGCCAUUUCACCCCGGCUGGGACCCGAAGGGUGAAGAAGACGACAUGGGAGACCCCAAUGGCUGGAGUAAAGGUCGAUGGGUUUGGGAGUAUGUGGGUAGCGAGAGCAAUGCGCCAAGUGACAAGAGGCAACGGAUCAUGGUUGAGGAGCCACUGGGUCCGUAUGAGCGGCAUCUUCUGAGACUUUCAGCCGGUUCACCGAAUGUGUUCCAUUUCUCGGAUACAAAGGAGGGUUGA